GUAUUAUCGGAGUGAAAUGACAUACAUCAUACAUGUAUAUAGCAACAAUAUAAUAAUAAUAUGAUAAAAGGCGUCGGUGAUGUUAAUUAAGGUGGUGGUUCAUGUGUGAAAGAAGAGAUGAAGUUGUCAGAGUGUGGUUUUCUAGAAAGCAGAGCAUGGAUAUUUGGAGGAAGAUGAUUAUUCUUCCUGUGAGGCGGGUAUGGCGAGCACUCUAUGCACGCCUCAACUCCACCAAAAACGGGGCAGGGCUGUUGAAGCUGGAGGAUGAUGUACAGACAUGUGAGUAUGAGGACAUACAAGUGAUGUGGGAAAUGCUAAGAAGAACAGAGAGUGAUGUCAGUAUACACAAGCGCAAGCAACAGCAACAGCCUUUCUGGAGGGUCCUCAAACCGUAUUGAACCUUCUUCACAAUUAACCCAACUCCACUUCUCUUCUUUUACAAUCUUUCAUGCUUUAACUGAUCAUAAUAAGACUCUUCUUCCUGAGUUCUGCAUCUUACAAUUACAGGAUCACAAAACCGUCUCUUGUAAGCCGUAACUCAAAAUGUACUCAUUAUUGUAAAUAUAUCUCACUUUUUUCAUAGCAAUUAAGCAAAUAACAAGUUGUUGUUUUCUGCU